GCGGAUGCCUAAUUGCCUAUAAAAAGAGCAGCAAAUGGAAGCAGCAUGGUAUCACCAGCACCAAAUUCGCCAUUGCACAAGUUAAACAACCACACAGCAACUAGUAGCAAGCUAGUAAAAUUUACCAGCUGCACCAAGAGAGCUUAAUUAGCUCACGGUAAACAUAUCAUCAUGGCCCCAGCCAUUUCCAAGCCUCUCCUCAGCGAUCUCGUGGCACAGAUCGGGAAAGUCCCAUCGAGCCACAUCAGGCCUGUGGGAGACCGCCCGGACCUCGCCAAUGUCGACAACGAGUCCGGCGCCGGGAUCCCGCUCAUCGACCUCAAGAUGCUCAACGGGCCGGAGCGCCGUAAGGUGGUGGAGGCCAUCGGCAGGGCCUGCGAAUCCGACGGCUUCUUCAUGGUGACGAACCACGGCAUCCCGGCGGCGGUGGUGGAGGGGAUGCUGCGCGUGGCGAGGGAGUUCUUCCACCUGCCGGAGUCGGAGCGGCUCAAGUGCUACUCCGACGACCCCAAGAAGGCGAUCCGGCUGUCCACCAGCUUCAACGUGCGCACGGAGAAGGUGAACAACUGGCGCGACUUCCUGCGCCUGCAUUGCUACCCGCUCGAGAGCUUCGUCGACCAGUGGCCGUCAAACCCGCCAUCCUUCAGGCAAGUGGUGGGCACCUACGCGACGGAAGCGAGGGCGCUAGCGCUGAGGCUGCUGGAGGCCAUAUCGGAGAGCCUGGGCCUGGAGCGGAGCCACAUGGUGCGCGCCAUGGGGAGGCACGCGCAGCACAUGGCGGUGAACUACUACCCGCCGUGCCCGCAGCCGGAGCUCACCUACGGGCUGCCGGGCCACAAGGACCCCAAUGCCAUCACGCUGCUGCUCCAGGACGGCGUCUCCGGCCUGCAGGUGCAGCGCGGCGGCCGAUGGGUGGCCGUGAACCCCGUGCCCGACGCGCUGGUCAUCAACAUCGGAGACCAGAUGCAGGCACUGAGCAACGACCGAUACAAGAGCGUGCUCCACCGCGUGAUCGUCAACAGCGAGAGCGAGCGGAUCUCGGUGCCGACGUUUUACUGCCCGUCGCCGGACGGGGUGAUCGCGCCGGCCGACGCGCUGGUGGACGACGCCCACCCUCUGGCCUACCGCCCUUUCACUUACCAGGAGUACUACGACGAGUUCUGGAACAUGGGCCUCCAGUCGGCAAGCUGCCUCGACCGGUUUAGGCCCGGAGGAUCCAUAGAGUGAACAUGCAUGAACAACGCCGGCCACGAGCAGGAAAAAAAGAAGAAAAAACUAUGCAAAACAUUGUUUUCUGCGGCAUCUCACCAUCUGACUAUGUGAGCAUAUGCCAAUAACUGGAUCUUUGGAUGCCCCCUUUGAACUGCACUCUUAGAUUCCCCUCGGGUCCCACCUAACAAUUGAAGCGUGAGGCUCGUCGCAGUGGCUCUCUUCGAAUAAGAAUGUUAGGCUGACAAAUUCCGCUACAAGGUUGAUUUGUCCAAAUUCUUAUUAGCAAUAUUUUUUUAUGAAUUAUCACAAAGUAUAAAAAUAAAUAUACUUAGACACGUAUGUGCACUUUACCUC